AUGGGCGGCCCAUCGUUGGACAAGGCUUCUGCGAAGGGUGGCUAUCGUUUCAUCUCCGACGAACACUGGCGGGCGAUCAGAGAUAAGCUCAAAAAGGACCCCGAUUACCAAAAGGCGACCAACCCCCCUGAUCCAGGUGUCUCAGCUUCCGACGUCGAUAACAUUUUCCAGAACAAGCUUUCCAAGUCUUGGGAGGGGUGGCUGCGGAGCAACAACGAGAAGGUGGCUAAGAUUUUGGAGCCUGCCUUUGGCACGUCGAUACCGGAUAAGAUCGAGAAAGACCUCGACCAGAAGAUUGAGGAGUAUGUGAAGGAUCUCAACAAGGACAAGGGAAUUACAGAUAUUGUGGUCACGCGGAAGGAGUUCAUUGGACACCUGAACAACGAACUUACCACUCAUCGCGCCGAGGUCAGGGCCGAAGCCGAGGAGUUAAAGAAGAACCUCGAGCAGUACAUCGCCCAGUCAGUCGACCUUGCAGUGAGCAAGGCCCCUCCUUCCGGCGUCUCCCGAACAGAGAUGAUACACAUUGUCGACGACAUGAUCCGCCAGGCGAUUGCAAAUGCCGGACUGGAGGCCCUCGCGAAGGGCACUAUCGGGGCCAACUGGAACCAGGAACUUAGCCGCCAGGUCAACUAUCUCACAGUCGGUAGCGGUUCUAUCGUCGACAUCAAGCACACGUCGCCGAAUUACAAGCCGGAGUUCGUCGGGCCGAUAGGAUCUCCCGCCUGGCUGAAGAGCACGAGACGAAGCCCCUGGGUCUUACAACCCGCCAAGACCCAAACGCGCUGGGACGAUGAUGGUGAAUGCUGGUGCGGCCGACCAACUGUGAGCAAAAAUGGGAAACACCUGGGCGUGUUCAUCUCCUACUUGCUCAGUCAUGAGAUUGUCCCACGGCACGUCGUCGUCGAGCACAUUCUGCCGGGCGCCACCUUGAACCCCGAUGCCCGGCCUCAGGACAUCGAGAUCUGGGCUUACAUCUCAGAGAUCAACAUGCGCCAGCGCGUGGAGGACUUCUCGGCCAGUCAUUUCCCCGAACCAGACACGGCAUCACGCAAGAAGUGGUUGUCGGAUGGUUGGGUCAAGAUCGGCCAGUUCACGUACGAGAGCAACGACACCAUCAACGGAAUCUACGUCCACCAGCUCAGCCCCGAGUUGGUGAAGCUGGGAGCUUCGACAGAUCACAUCACCAUUCGUGCGGUGAACAACUAUGGCGCCGAUCACACCUGUAUUUACAGGGCACGUCUCUUUGGCGAGAGAUUGGUUUAA